AUGCGUCGUCUGUUGUGCACUGCGCUGCUCUUGCUGUGUUGUGCCUACGGGUGCAUUGCAGCUGUUGUGCAGCCGCUACCACAGAAAGGACAGGGUCCCUGGGAUACGUACACCCUCUCUGUUACUGAAACUGAACUUGAGAGGAAAAAAGAGGGUUUUCAACCCAUUCGUUUUGCUGUUUCUGCCAAAGAAAUUGAUAGGGUGUUGAAGUACUGUAAACAUCAUAAAGACGGUAAGUUGGAUGAUGCUGAAAAAGAUCAGUUAGAAUAUGGAUUUAAAAUUGAUAUUGAGAAACACGAUGAUUUCUGCGAUGAGGCGGGGCCUAACGUGGUAACACCUGAAAAGAAAAGAACGCUUUUAAGAGACGUUCUUCCUGUUGCUCUCAAACUGCACAGUGAACGGCUCAGUGUUAAGCGGGUGGAGAAGUUGGAGUUACCUUUAAAGGAGAGUGUUGAAUUUUCGUCCAAGUGCCCCAAUGUGUCAGUUCCCAAAGAGCAUAAACAAGGUAUAUCCGAUGCUGAUUUUAUGUUGUAUGUGGGUCUCACGGAGAAGUACGUACCGGUGCAGAUAUGUUCUUACGACACCCAGGAACGCCCUACAUCUGCUUUGAUUAAAUUCAUUCCCAAAGAAAUUGAUGAUACGAGGUACUUCAUUCGCUUGACUGCACAUGAAGUUGCACAUGCUCUUGGGUUUGAAAUUGAAAUGAUGAAGAAGCAUAAUGUGAUUGCGGAAGAAAACACAGGCACGAACAAAGACCAAUUGGUGGCAUCCAACGCUCUUAUUGAUAAGAAAAUGAAGGAACAAUAUGAUUGCUCUAAGGAUGAUGAUGUUGAAAUUAAAGGCAUGCCUUCGGAAAACAAGGCGUCUGAAACUGGCCCGUUACACUGGAAGCGUCUGAUUGCGAAGGAUGAGUUGAUGAGUCCGUACACCCCUGACGACAAAUAUGUGACUGGGGCGUACUAUACAUCACUAACACUUGCUGUUUUUCAUUCUAUGCCAUUCUACAGCGCCAAUUUCAGCAUGGCAGAAUCCAUGAGUUGGGGUAAGAAUGCUGGUUGUGAGUUUCUGAAGGGUAAAGACAAAGAAACGUACAAAGGAACAAAAUCCAACAAGUACUCCGAAAUGUUCUGCGAUAAAGUCGAGCCUGCUCUACAAUGCACUUCUGACCGUUUUGCACUUGGAAUGUGCUCGAUGGAGACGUCUGGGGUUGAGGUACAUUAUGAGUAUGGGGGGGUUUUUGUCUCAGUUCUCACGAAACGUAGGGAGAAUGACCUAAUGGAUGGUUAUUCCAUUAUUAAACCGAUUCCUGAGACAAGUUGUGAGGAGGAUGAGUUGGAUCUGAUGCCUGGCAGUCUUGUGGGGAAGGAAUCACGAUGUUUGAAAGGUGAGGGUCUGAAAUUGCAAAUACCAAACAAAAAGAAUCUCCCCGUUGGUGAUAUUUGUGCGAAAGUGAAGUGUGAGAAAAAUAAAGUUUUCGUCUGGUACAAUGGGACUAACGAUUGGCAAGAAUGCAGUGAUGGUAAGAAAAUUGAUGUCAAGGACAGCACAGAGUUCACAGGCGGAAGCAUCGUGUGCCCCAACUAUGCUGAGGUAUGCACUGAGUUGAAUAGCACCGUUGAUUUCUACAUUACAUACGACGAAGAUGAGAAACGCCAAAUGGAGAAAGAGAAACAAGAAGCGGAAGAUAAAAGGAAACAAGAGGAAGAAGAAAGGCAUCGCAUAAUGGCACAAGAGGCUCAUAAUGAGAGAAUCCAGAGAGACGCACAGCCAGAAGACCAGACUCCACUGCAUCCUGAUCCGAAGCAAAACACUCCAUCAAAGCCUGCGGAAGAUUCUGCUGGUGACAGCAGUGGAAAACAAUCUCUUCGUCCAUCACAGGACAGAAACCAAAGGGAUUCAGCUGGAGUGGGUCAAGAUGGGGUUGUUUCAUCUCUUCCAGCUGCACCUCAGUCACAACCUGCUAGGGAGGAGAAUCGAGCUCUCGAGAACAGUAACAACAACAAUGGUGAUGAACCACAUCAACAGCCUUCUAUAUCUGCACCAAAUGUCCCCAGUGACACCAAGACGUCUGAAAUGGAAAAGAAUUCCAGUGAACCCGCGAAGGCACAAGAUAAAGAAGUGUCCAUCUCUGAGAUGCCAACACAUGUGGUGCCGCAAGAGGGCCCCAGCGUCCCCCAGGAGCCUGAAGUGGAAAAGUUGCCCACCACUGAGACCCCGACGCAUGUCGCAUUUGAAUCCAUUGCUGCAUCGGAGCAAACUUCUUCCGUCAAGGAGGAGGGUAAGAAGAAUACAGCGGAAAACAUUGAACAAGUGCAAGAAACAAUAACAGAGUCUCCCUCACAUAAUGGGAACGGUGAAGGAAUAAAUACCACAGUUGAUACAACUCAUUCCCCAAACAGUCCUGCCACCGAUAAUGAGAAGAAUGAAACCAUUGUGAAUACUCACAACAACACAAGUAACACAACAUCAUCCAGCAUUCCAGAGAAUGUAAACGCAUCUGCUGUUCCUGCCACUUUGACAGAACUAAACAACACUCAGAUGGGACAAGUAAUAAACCAGGCGACCACCAUUGCUAUUGUGGGUGCUGACAGCAGUAUUGCCGCUUCAUACCAAAUCCCUCUUUUGCUUCUUUUCUCUGCUCUGGUGGCUCUGGCAUCCCCAUGA